AAUGAAAGGAGCACUUCCGGGUUGGGCCAUAACCUGGAGCCGGCGGCAUAGGUUGGCUCUCUAGGGCUUCACCCUUAAGCUCCACCUUCGCUCCCGUCUUUCUGGAAACACGGCUUUGAUCUCGGGACAGGUACCUCGCGGCUGCUGCGGGUGCCCUGGAUCCAGUAGGCUGCACCGGGCGAGCGAGACCCUUUCCUGGUGGAGGCUCAGAGUUCCGGCCGGGUGCAUCCGGCCUGUGUGUGGCGCGAGGCAGGGAAGCCGGUACCCGGGUCCUGGCCCCAGCGCUGACGUUUUCUCCCCCCUUUCUUCUCUCCGCGGUUGCAGCGUUGCAGACGCUAGUGUGAGCCCAUGGCAGAUACGACCCCGAACGGCCCCCAAGGGGCGGGCGCUGUGCAAUUCAUGAUGACCAAUAAACUGGACACGGCAAUGUGGCUUUCUCGCUUGUUCACAGUUUACUGCUCUGCUUUGUUUGUUCUGCCUCUUCUUGGGUUGCAUGAAGCAGCAAGCUUUUACCAACGUGCUUUGCUGGCAAAUGCUCUUACCAGUGCUCUGAGGCUGCACCAAAGAUUACCACACUUCCAGUUAAGCAGAGCAUUCCUGGCCCAGGCUUUGUUAGAGGACAGCUGUCACUACCUGUUGUAUUCACUCAUCUUUGUAAACUCCUACCCAGUUACAAUGAGUAUCUUCCCAGUCUUGUUAUUCUCUUUGCUUCAUGCUGCCACAUAUACGAAAAAGGUCCUUGAUGCAAGGGGCUCAAAUAGUUUACCUCUGUUGAGAUCUGUCUUGGACAAAUUAAGUGCUAAUCAACAAAAUAUUCUGAAAUUCAUUGCUUGCAAUGAAAUAUUCCUGAUGCCUGCCACAGUUUUUAUGCUUUUUAGUGGUCAAGGAAGUUUGCUCCAACCUUUUAUAUACUAUAGAUUUCUUACUCUUCGAUAUUCGUCUCGAAGAAAUCCAUAUUGUCGGACCUUAUUUAAUGAACUGAGGAUUGUUGUUGAACACAUAAUAAUGAAACCUGCUUGCCCACUGUUUGUGAGAAGACUUUGUCUCCAGAGCAUUGCCUUUAUAAGCAGAUUGGCACCAACAGUUCCGUAGUUUAACAUCUAGUUAAGCUACAAAUAUAGUAUAAGCAUUAUUAGCAGCUGGUACUUCUGCUAGGGGUUGUAAAUUCCAGGUGUUACACUGACCUCAAUCCAAUUUACAUAAUUUACAUAAAUGCAUCUCAGUGGAAAAAUAAUCAUUUUCUUGGCAUGUUAAAUCAAGCUUAAAAAGUUUUGAGAAAAUUUUACUGCGCUGUGUUGCUAAUGGUUAAAAAGUCUGUAUCUAGUGAUACACAUACCAAUUUUUUAAAAAAGAUGCUGUUGUGCCUAUAUCAUGAAGUACAUUUAUUUCUCUUGUAAAAAUAGCUCUAAAAUUUGUUUCAACCGAAUUGGUAACCUGAGUUUGUAUCUGGCAUGAGUUCAUUAUGGUGAUAAACAUAUGUGAAUUCAGUACAUUUUGAGACAGUAUUCUACCAUUCAGUAAUUUUGGUUAAUGAUUUUAACACUUCUCAGUGUAUUUAAUUUCAAAUUGUUUUUUAAUUGGUUUUAUGCUGCUUUGUUAGGACAGAUGUGUUUUGAAUGUACUAUUAUAAGAAGAAUUCUGUGUAUCUUAAACUACGACCUUCUAAAAUUUUAUUUCCAUAAGUACUUCUGUGGCCUUGAGUAUUUUUUAAAAGGCUCAACUGUAAGCCUCUUAGCCAACUGGAUAAAUAUUUGGGGUCACCUUGCCAUUGAAAGCAGAAAGCAGUAGUGACACAGCUUUCCCUUCAGAGAGCCAUUGAGAAACAGUUCUCAAAUAGGAAAUCCUUCUUUUACUAAUGCGGACAUAUAGAUUAUUCGUAUUAUAGUUUGUAGAACUACCUAGUUCAGAAUCUUGACUGCCAGUUUUCUUGGUUUCUUAGGCUUAAAUUUUCAUUGACCAUUGAAACAGUUUAGAUGCCUUUUGAAAGGAAUGUAACGAAGAUUUAGCCUCUGACUAUAUGUGUGUCUCUUCUGAAAUAAUAAUGGAGAGUAUACUGUAGAUUACAUGUUUACCCAUCAAAUCUGACUUAAAAGGUUAAAUGGAAGGUUUUAUAAGUAAGGUAAUUGAUUGGAAUGGAGUAGGGGGAGGAGUUGUGGGGGAAUAGUGUGCAUUUCAGUCUCUUAAUGCAUAGAUAAAUUUAGGGGAAUUGGAUGUAUUAUGCAACUUUGAUUUGGGUUGUAAAAUGUGUUAAAUCCUGUUCAUUGAACUCCCAUCAACUCUUUUAUAAAAUACAUGCUGAUCUUCGUUACCGUUGCAUGAUUGGAAAUGUUUAAAACAUUGUACAGUUUUAGUAGAGUAGUGUAAUGGUUUUUGUGACCAGUUUUUGUCUGCAUGUAAUUUGAAUUUCUCAAAUACAUUCAUUAGUAAUUUAUCAGUAACAUUAGUUUUAUUUUUGUUCAUCUUCCUAAUCUAUAAAAAGGGGAUAUUCUUAGGAUAAAUACAUGAAAAAUUAUACUUGAUAGCCUAACUAUAAUCAGCUAUUUUUGUAUUUUUGUAAUAUUUGUCCACAAAGUUGGAGAAGCAGCCUCAUAAUAUACAGUUGAUUUUGUGUGUAUGUGGCUAGUCUUAUUGUCACUGUAUAAGUAAUCUAAUGGUUUUAGAAACUAAAUUUUCUAGAGCAAUAAAAUGACUAUAAUGU